CCUCCCCGCAUCGCAUCAUCCCAAGCACAUAAAUACUGCCCUGUCCUCCCUCUUCUCGCAGUCAUCCAUCCUUCAAGUUCAUUCUCCUUUUCUAUUCACAAGAAGCUCUCACAUCCAUUCAAAUCAUCAAAAUGUCCCCCCUCUCCUUCCGCCAGACCAUCGGCCUCCCCCGCUCAAAGGCCACCACCAAAGACUCGACCCUGAUCAUCAUCGACGCGCAGAACGAAUACGCCCAGGGCAAGCUGACCGUCGAGCACGUCGCCGCCAGCCGCAAGGUCAUCUCCGACCUGCUGAACCGCUACCGCCGCAGCGGCGACGGCAAGAACAUCGUGCACGUCGUCCAUGAGACCCCCACCGGCGCGCCGGUCUUCACGCCCGGCACCGACCUGGCGCGCGAAUUCGAGGAGCUGACGCCCCAGGCGGGCGAGAAGGUCGUCACGAAGCACUUCCCCAGCUCGUUUGCGCAGACCGAUCUGCAUGAGUAUCUGAGCGGGUUGGGUCCCGUGGGCAAGAAGAUCGUGCUGGUCGGGUACAUGGCGCAUGUGUGUAUUUCGACGACGGCGAGGGCCGGCAGCGAGUUGGGAUAUGACGUGUUGGUGGCGAGCGAGGCCGUUGGCGAUCGCAAUAUCCCCGGCGUCAAGGCGGAGGAGCUGGUGUCGACGGUGUUGAGUGAGUUGGACGAUGCGUUUGCGACGGUGGUGUCGGCGACGGAGAUCGAGGGGUAGAUUCGAUGCGUCUCUUGUAUUUAGUGUCUAGAAGGAAGCUGGGAAUUCUAUCUACGAUUCUUUCAUGUCAUGCAAUCCAACCAGGCAGCGUCAUCGUCGGUGAGUUGCGGCAAAC